AUGAUAUUUGACUUUCUACGUAAUCUACAUAACCUGAUCGUAGCGAUAAUAGCAUGGCUACGCAACCCGUCAAUACGACUCUUGCCGUCAUCGACAGACGACGCACCGUCCUCAUCCGCAGCGCCAGAACGUAACGUGCCUGACGCGAGACCGGUCGAGGUUUCGAGAGUGACAAUGACAGAGAUUGUGACUCCAACACACGCCGAUACUCGAGGAUUUAUAUAUGGCGGUGAAGUAAUCGGCUGGAUAGACCUUGCGGCUGGAAUUUCGGCCAAGAAACACGCCGUUUAUCCGUGUGUAACAAGAAGUGUGGAUGCGGUACAUUUUAUGCAUCCGAUAAAAGUAGGGGAUCUUCUCGUCAUACAGGCAAGCGUGAAUAGGGCAUGGAACACAUCUAUGGAGGUUGGAGUACGCGUCGAGACUGAGAAUCCUUUAACGGGAAAAAGAAAAUAUUGUUGUCAUGCUUACUUGACUUUCGUAGCUUUACUGCCUUCAGUCAGUGCUACGCCAUCAUCUCUCUCGGCGAUUCUACUCCGUUAUCGUACCGAAACCGUCCGCGUUCCCAAAAUAAAUACCACUACCGCCAUCGAAGUCCAGCGACAUGCAAAAGCAGAAGAACGACGACAAGCUCGUAUCUCGUCUUCUAAAAUAACUGACGCACGUGGACGAAGAGAACAAACGAAAUUAGCGGAACUGAGGGAAUUGAUGCGAGAAUGGUCAAAGACAACGAACGUGGAAAGCAUGAGUUCUGCCGAAGUGCCGCCGUUAAUACCGGAAGAGAUGAUCGAAGAAAUUUCUUCUGAAACAAAUGAAAAUGAAGAAAACGAGGAGAAAAAAGACCCGGCUCGGCUGUUCUUGAGAAGAAAAAGCACGUUUUCUGGAAAUUUGCCUGAACAACCCAGAGAGAAGCUUAUGAGGGAGAGUUUUGCGGAAGUUGUUGAAACUGUUUUGCCACAGCAUGCUAACACCUUGCAGAUUACAUUUGGUGGUCAAAUAAUGAAAUGGAUGGAACAAUGUAGUCUGAUCAGCGCAACGCGACAUGCGCGGCGGUUUCUCCUUCUCGCAAGCAUCGACUCUCUUCAAUUCCUUCGGCCAGCAUACGUAGGAGACUGUGUCACAGUGAGAUCAAUUGUCUCUUGCACAUUCCAUUCUAGUCUUGAAGUAUAUGUUACUGUUGAGGCUGAGAAUUUGUUCACUGGCGAGCGAUAUUUUACCAAUGAUGGGUUUGUUACUAUGGUUGCUGUCGACUUUACAAAUAACCCCACACCAGUACCCCGGGCAAUUCCUCAGCAGGCAGAAGAAUUUGCCAUCCGCGAGAAUGCCGAGGAGCGACGACGAAGAAGACUUUGGCAACGUAGAGAACUGGUUCAAAAGGAAUUAUCAACCAGUCCCGAUGAGUUUAUCAAGUUUGCGGAGCAAUGA